CUUCUUUUGAAAGCAGAUAUUGACAACAAAGCUGACAAAGAGUAUGUCAUUGAAAAAGUUCAAGAAGAACAUGACAGAGCAGAUGCAACAUAUGCAACAAAAGAGGAUGUUGAAAAGAAAGCUGACAAAGAGUAUGUUGACGAUGAGUUAGCAUAUCUGGCUAGUGGGUUAGUGAAGAAGGCAGAUAAGGAAUAUGUGGAUGAAAAAGACAAUGAAAUUAUAAAAAGGGUUGAAUGGUACCAUGAACGGACAUCGAAGAUUUUAGAAGGUAAAGCCAAUACAGGGUGGGUUUCAGGAUGUUUAGACCUUAAAGCGGAUAAGAACCAUACACAUACCAUUGCAAAUAUUACAAACUUACAAGAAAAGUUAGAUGGCAAAGCUGACAAGAACCAUACACAUACCAUUGCAAAUAUUACAAACUUACAAGAAACCUUAAACAGUAAAAGUGACGUUGGACAUACACAUAACUUCUUCUCAACUGUUGGUAUAGAAAGUAUUUUAGGAACAAUUGAAAAAACUGGUGGGGGUGGAUUAUAUUUUAAACCUCCUAACUUUCCAGAAGGUUUAACAUCGGAUAAAGACAUUAAAUGUAGAAAUGUCUAUGUCAUGGAGGAUGAAAACAAAGUUAAAUUCACUGCUCAAGAUUUAUAUGAUAAAAAAGCUGACAAAACAGAGCUUCAAACGUUAAAGACAGAAAUACUUCAAACACUAUAUCCUAUAGGUUCUAUUUAUACGUCAAUGAACUCUACCAGACCAGAAGUAGUACUUGGUCUCGGAACUUGGACUCAAAUAGUCGACAGGUUUUUGUAUUGUGCAAACUCUUCAAAGGAAACAGGUGGAAGUAAAACGAUUUCAGGUGCAAAUUUACCUGCGCACAGUCACUACAUAGAUUUAAGUACAACUAACGCAGGUUGGCAUAGUCAUAGAUAUUGGGAUUGGUCAUCAAUGACAAAAGGUAAAGGAUAUGAUGUUAAAAACAACGUUAAGUUUGCUAUAGAUUGUUACUGGAGUAACACUGAGGGAGGAGGAAACCAUAUACAUCGCGUUUCAGGGUAUACGCAAACAACGGGACAAAGUAAAGACUACAUGCCACCUUACAUGACAGUUUACGCAUGGUAUAGAAAUGCUUAG